AUGUCGGACCAUUCUGAGGCCAUGGGUCCCCCAGGCGAUAUGGUGUAUCGCAAACCUGCGGUGCUUUCAUUCGAGAUCAUUCAACACACAGGCAUUUUCUUUGAGGAGCAGCUAUAUACCCAAGCGUUGAACCUCCUAUUCAGCACUCUUGCUUCCGGAACAUAUGCCUCAGAGGCAGUGAUAGCCCCAUUACCCCAGCAUAUUGCUCUUGCUGGCACCUUCCUUGUCCACCCGUCGACUACAACCCGUGCCAAAACUGCUGAACAGAAAGAGGCAGCCCAUGUUGCGCUACGGCUCCUGCGACUCAUCAGUACAUUGAUUACUCCCCAGGAUGCCAGACUUGACCUGGCAUUUUGCUUCAAACACACUCAGACCUCGCGAUCGGGAAGGCUGCUUUAUGCAAACGAGGAUUCUUCCCCCGAUCUACCCCACGAUAAGACCGAUUGGCAGAGAUUAGGUGUGGCCAACGAGUCCUCACUUUGGUCGCGCGCCGAAGACUUUUGGCAUGCCGUUGGAUGGGCAUUUAAUUGCUCGGUACUUCAUUCAGAGCGGUGGGAGCAUUGGCAAAUCUGGCUCCGGUUCAUGUGCGAUAUACUUUUGGAUGAUUGGAAUGUGCGAGUGCAGGAGUAUGAAGAGUUUCAGGAGAAGAAACAGAAGGAUGGUCAGGAGCCCACAACACCGGAGCAACCCAAAGGCAAAGGGGCUCGGUCAAAGAAGAAUGAUGGUUUGGACAUCUUCCGGGAAAGCAUGCUCUUCCGAUACAUUCAUGGGAAUAGACAUGGACAGAAUCGCCGAAUCAUCCGGGCUAUCUUUGCAGAUGGUAGCACCGCCUCGGUGAAUGAGUUCCGACAGGUGUUUCCCAAGGAAUUGAAACACUCCAAGUCGAAAGCACGACCCGAAAAGGCCAAGAAGCGAGACCGCGAAGUCAAUUUUGAGCAGGAAGAAUACGGCGACUACCUAUCUCAAGACGAAUCAGAUGAAGAGGGCAAUGAAACCACAGACCCAAGCAUGUCGAAUUCCCGCUCUUCCUCUCCCCCGGCAGGCUCUAAGUCCCGGCGAACGAAGCGUACGAGACGAGGCACAAGAAGCGCAGCAGAUCCAACCGCCGCCGAGCCGCUCCGAGACUCUGCAGACGCAGUUCAGACCACCUUAACCCAUCACGGCGGCGGCGUUUCCACCAUGGGUGGGCUAGAGUCACUCGGACUGCGAAAGAGACUUCUCGGACUCUUAUCAAGGGUUUCCGAGCGCAUUCCGAGCGACUUUAUACAUUUCUCCGAGCUUUACUACCUUUUUGUCGAAAACAUUCGACCCCUACCUCUGCCAAUUUUCCAGACAUUUGUCAGUCCCUACGUCCUCCCAGAACUCCCGGACGAGCAGCAGACGACCCUUUGUCAAGCGUUACUGCUCUUCAUGCUCGAGAGUAGUGCCCCAAACAUGCAUGACGAGGACCUCAAUCAAGACAAUAUGGAGAACUGCUUCCUCCCGUUUGCAGCGUCAACAGCCAGCAUCGUUGAUAACGUCAAGGUGUCCAUUAUUCUCGAGGCAUCGAUCAUCCUACUGGCUAACAGUAACAUGCUGACACUGACGCCUUCAUUCAAAGAAGCUAUUGAGAAUGGGAUUCUGCGACGGGCUGAAAGGGCUCAGGAUGAUAUGCGGCGCAGUGCCGCAAGCCGGAACAUGGAAUCACUUGAGUGGUGCUGGUUGGUGGAGAGUGGGGAGAGACUGAUGUUCCUGGUUGAGCUACUGGCAUCGCGGCCUAGCCAGCAGGCUUCCCAAGGUUGA